AUGUUUCGCAAGGCUCGGCGGGUGAAUGUGAGGAAGAGAAAUGACUCGGAGGAAGAGGAAAGAGAACAGGAGGCCUCGGAGGUCAGCGAGCCCCUCGUCGUGCCUCCUCCGCCCAGCCUCCCUCAGACAGACGGCGGCGUGCAGACGGCCUUCCGGGCCCGGGAGCCUAAAUCCAAACUCCUCAGCUUCCAGGAUGAAGAGGAUGAGGAAGAAGUUUUUUAAAAUAAAGAAAUCAAAUCACAGCAAGAAGAUAGUAAAACUCCUUAAAAAGGAAUUUAAAGAGGAUCAGGAGAAAACGAAACCCAAGCCAGAUGUUAUCCUAGGACUAGAUGGAGAUCAGCCUGUCAGAAAUAUUGUUAUUAAAGAUGGUGGCCUGGAAGAUAUGAACACUGGCAGUGACCUUGGUGAAGAAGAGAUGGAAGUAGAAAGUGAAAAAGAGGAUGAGAAACCCAAAGCUGGUUCUUUUGCCAACUCUAUGUCAUCUUUAAAUGUUCUGCGCCCAGGAGAGAUCCCAGAUGCAGCCUUUAUCCAUGCUGCCCGCAAGAAGAGACAGAUGGCUCGGGAACUAGGGGACGUUCCAUCUUUGGAUACGGAUGGUGGCAAAAGAUUGGUACGUGAAGAUGAGAAUGAUGCCAGCGAUGACGACGAUGAUGAUGAAAAGAGGCGGAUCGUUUUCUCAGUACGAGAGAAAUCACAAAGGCAGAAGAUAGCUGAGGAAAUUGGAAUCGAGGGAAGCGACGACGAAGCUCUUGCAACAGGGGAGCAAGAUGAAGAAAUCAGUCGCUGGGAACAGGAACAGAUACGUAAAGGAAUUAGUAUACCACAGGUCCAAGCACCCCAGCCUGCCGAGACAAAUAAUUUGUUCUACCCAAGCACUUACCAAGGAAUACCCUAUGGUUCAUCUUAUAAUGUCCCUUACACCUAUUCUACUUUCGGAUCUGCUGAAACAAAACCUCCAAAACCAGAUAAUUCUGUCUCUUUCAAAACUCCCAAUAAUGAGAUGACUCCUGUUACUAUUGAUUUGGUAAAGAACCAGCUUAAAGACAGGCUCAGAGCAAUGGAGGAAACUCACAAAGCAAAUUUGGAAAUGUAUGAGAAGCAUGAUCAAAGCCGGCAAGACUCCAAUAAAGCAAUUAGCCGAUUAGAAGGGUGUUCUGGGGAUAAUGCCGAACGGUAUCAGUUCUUACAAGAAAUGCGAGGGUAUGUCCAAGACUUGCUUGAGUGUUUCCGUGAAAAGGUGCCCCUGGUUAACGACCUUGAAACGGCAAUGCACCAGCUGUACAAACAGCGAGCUGCCCGCCUUGUCCAAAGACGACAAGAUGAUAUUAAAGAUGAAUCUUCGGAGUUUUCGAGCCAUUCAAGUAAAGCGGUCAUGGCACCAAAUCUCGACUCUUUUGGGCGAGAUCGAGCAUCUUACCAAGAACACGCAAAGCAGAGGAGGAUAGCUGAGAGAGAAGCCCGAAGAGCACGUCGGAGGCAAGCUCGAGAGGUAACCGGCAAGAUGGCCGAACACCUUGAAGGUCUUUCUAGCGAUGAUGAAGAGACGUCCACUGACAUCACUAAUUUCAACAUGGAGAAGGAUCGCAUUCUAAAAGAUUCUAGUAAAGUUUUUGAAGAUACACUGGAACAUUUUUAUUCUUUUGACUGUAUUAAAGAGCAGUUUGAAACCUGGAGAUGUAAAUAUGAGAAUUCCUAUAAAGAUGCUUAUAUUGGACUUUGCUUACCGAAACUUUUAAGUCCUCUCGUACGGCUACAGCUUUUAACUUGGAACCCUUUGGAGCCCAAUUGUUGUGACUUUGAAAGUAUGAUGUGGUUUGAGAGUUUACUCUUCUAUGGCUGUGACGUGCAAGAAGCAGACAAGGAGGAUGCAGACGUUGCUCUAUUACCGUCCUUAGUGGAAAAAGUUGUUCUCCCCAAGCUAACAGUUAUUGCUGAGAGCGUGUGGGACCCCUUCUCCUCUACACAGACGAAUAGACUGGCUGCCGUGAUGCAGAAGCUAAUAAAUGGAUACCCUACCGUUGUAAAUUCUGGCAAUAAAAACACAGAGGCACUACUCAAAGCUUUAUUAGUAAGAAUGAGAAGGACUUUGGACGAUGAUGUCUUCAUGCCAUUGUAUCCUAAAAACGUUAUAGAGAAUAAAAAUUCGGGGCCAUGUGUGUUCUUUCAGCGCCAGUUCUGGUCAUCUGUGAAGCUACUUGGUAACUUCCUGAAGUGGUACGGAGUUCUUUCCAACAAGUGUUUACAGGAACUGGCAAUAGACGGCCUGCUGAACAGAUACAUAUUGAUGGCUUUCCAGAAUAACGAGAGUGGAGAAGACAGCAUCAAGAAAGCCCAGAGUGUCAUUGCUUGUUUUCCUAAGCAGUGGUUUUCAAACCUCAAAGGUGGCAAAACGAUUCCACAGCUGGAGAACUUUGCCCGCUAUCUUACACAUCUCUCCGGUGUCAUCUACAGACAGAAUGUUGGCUGCUCAGAUGUAGAGAAACGAAAUGCCAGGGACCAGAUCCGGCAGAUAGUAAAGCUGCUUGCAGCUAUCCGUGCUCUCCAAAACGCGGUGUCAGUGGCAAACGAUUACAACAUUAAAGAUAUCAAGUCCUCUUCAGAUGGGAAAUGA